AAACGAAUUCUUCUUAGUAUGUCACUUUAAUAACGUAUGUCUAUUUUUUAUUUAAACUUCAAAAUCUUUUUAGUGUAUCAAUAAGAAAAAAAAGCAUUGUAGUUGAUGACACCACUUGUUCUAUACAAUAAUAGAAAUUUCUUCUUAUAUAUUUACAAAGACAAUUGUGGAACUGAUUUAUUAAAAGUUAUCGAAAAGUUAUUGCGCCAAUCAUAUUUUUUUUUUUGAAACACUGUACAUUUCUGAUUGCCUAAUUGAAUCAAAAAUUCGACUAUAUUUUUUAAUUAUUGACUAUAAAAUGUGCCCUCUUCUCUCUUUUUAAAAGACAUUAUAGGAAUUUUGAAUGUGCAAACGCUUGUAUAAUAAAACGUGCGAAGAAAUUAAUUGAUAUGAGUAGCGUAUCAACAAAGGAUCGUGAGGAGGAGGACAUUUUAGCGGCUUUCAAAUUGUUUGAUGUUAAUGAAACUGGCUACGUGAAUCCGAAAGAACUUAUGACCUGUUUAUUAGAAAUCGAUAUGGAACCUUAUAAAUGUGUGAUUCUUAAAAUUGUUUCCUUUCUAGAUGACUUUAUGAGACAAGACGAAUGGUUGAGUUAUAAUGAUUUCAAAAAAAUGGUAGAACAAACAUUGAACGACUCAAAAACCUCUUUAGAAACAAUGAGUAAUACCUUUCAGUUUUUCGAUCUAGAAGAUACGGGAGUCAUAACAGUCGAUUCAUUAAAAAAAACAUGUGACGCUUUGGGAGAAAAUUUCUCAGAUACGGACAUUAGGAACAUGAUUUUAACAGCGGAUGCUAAUAAAGAUGGUUGUGUCGAUUUCGAUGAUUUUUCGAAAAUGCUAAACCAUUUGAAGUUUUAAACGUUUCAAACACUAGUCUUGUUACUUUAGCAGCAAUCUGCAGUUUAGGGAAUUCCGAAAAAAUGAAGUGUAUCAACUGAUGUUGAUUAAGCGUAUAAACGACUAGCUUCAUUUUUUAUUUCAUUUAAACGUUUUUUAACAAGUUCCUCACGAAGUUGUGCGAAAUUGUCUAAGCGAGUAUACCUAAGCAACACGUGAGAGAACUUGGACACACAACUUUGGUCAAAAAAAACAAAGUGCGUCUUACCGUUGAUCUGUUGAUAAGCGGUCCAUAAGUUGUAGAAAUUCUUCACCUGUUUCAUCAAUGCGGGACGUGAGUUCAGUACUGGUUUUUAAGUAUUUCUCAAACGAUUCUAUACAUUCAUUAAGCUAAAAAGACAAACAUAGAAAAAGUUUUGCGAUUGUGUUCGUGCCAUUAAA